UUAAUUUUUUUUUUGACAAGCUAUCGAGUGACGCUAUUUUAUUACUUACUUUGAACGAAGGUCCGCAUAACACUGCAAUUCUGACAGCGUGACGGAAACACGUUCCACAUAUCAGAAGGACCCAAAUGGAGCUUCCUUUAUUCUAGGAAACGUAUCCGCCACCGCUUUCGUUCCGAACCCCCCACGUGAAUGGGCAACCGUCUCCCAGUGCGCCCGACAGAUGGCGCCAGGCACCCCGAGGGGUGCACUGGAACCCAUCCCGCAGCGGGGCAGCGAGCAGGCCGAGCGCGAGACAAGUGGCGGCCGCUCGGUCCGAGGUUCCUGGGCGGAUCGGGGAGGGGUGCCGCAGAUUGGUAGGCCUCGCGCCGUCCCGCCAAUGAACAGGCCGUCGGGGAGAACCCCCCGGCACGGCUCCAAAGAGGUCCUCCCUCCCCUGCCGAGUCCCUCCUCUGCGGGCUCAGUGGCGCCGCCGUCGAGGAGCCGCUGAUCCCCGAGAGCUGCCGACGCUGCGAUGCCGCCCGUGCGAGGCCCCCCUUGACAACUUGUUUACCGUGCGUUCGUCGCCUCAACGAGGCGCGAUAAGAUAGGCCGGCCUCCUGCUGACCGCCUGCCUGCUCCGUACGACGACCACGGGGCAGUGCUUGGUUCGGGACCCGCGGUCCCCCCUUCCUCCGCUGGCACGACUUCUCGUGGCUACCGCAAGCUGGCGCCCUCGGCUGACACCCUCCUGAUCUCUCGCCGUCGUUGGAUUCGUGCGUGAUGUUGAUCGUGAUGCGGCGGACGACUUCCUUCCGGGAAGUCGCGGAAGAGUGGCAGACUCGGUCCCUCGGCGGGCUCCCAACGUGUUCGGAGGACCUCGACGCGGGACGCCUCGCCUGAAGUGUCGUCGUGACAGCGUUGUGGCAGCUGAGGGAUCGCCGUGAAGCGAGAUAUAGAGCGCGGCCCUGCGACUCCCGAGUCCCCCCCUCCGACGAGGCGAAGCGAGGAGCGACACGUCCUUGAGCGGGACAUCGGCGGAGAAGUUGACAGUGUCGCGGAGCCCUCCGGCGACCCAGGGGAGCCCUGCGGCAUCGCUGCAGCGGCAACGCUGAGGAUAUGCGCUUCGAGCACUCGGACCUGUCGUGCCAGAGCGCCAUGGCGUUCCACCCGUUCCUGCUGUCGGCGCCUGGCGCUCAGGCACCGUCGGCCAGGACCACCGACUUCAGCAUGCACUCCAUCCUGAGUCAGUCGGGCCCGCCCAACGCAGCGGCUGCAGCAAGCCCGUUCCUGCCGCUCGACUGCUUCUCGGCCGGUUCUGUGCCGCACCCGCUGUUCCCCGGCGGGCCCCUGGGACCCGGGUUGCCGCCCGGGCUAGGGCUGGUCAGGACGGGCCCGCCGCCGCUGACUCCCGAGGACGUGCUUUCGGUGCAGUUCAGGCCUCCGCUCCUGCGGCCCAUGGAGCCCGAAGACGACGGCGUCCGGGAUGACCCCAAAGUGAACCUCGACGGACUGGACCUCUGGGAGAAGUUCUACGCAUCUGGAACCGAGAUGGUGGUCACCAAGUCGGGCCGACGGAUGUUUCCUGCGUACAAGGUCAGGGUGACGGGUCUGGACAAGAAGGCCAAGUACAUCAUGCUGAUGGACAUCGUAGCGGCCGACGACUGCCGCUACAAGUUCCAGAACCGCCGCUGGGUGGUGGCGGGCAAGGCGGAUCCCGAGAUGCCCAAGCGCAUGUACAUCCACCCGGACUCGCCGUCGACCGGAGAGCAGUGGAUGCAGAAAGUGGUGUCCUUCCACAAGCUCAAGCUCACCAACAACAUAUCCGACAAGCAUGGCUUUACGAUCCUGAACUCGAUGCACAAGUACCAGCCCCGGUUCCACCUGGUGCGCGCCAACGACAUCCUCAAGCUUCCCUACAGCACCUUCAGGACGUACGUCUUCAAGGAGACGGAGUUCAUCGCCGUCACCGCCUACCAAAACGAGAAGAUAACGCAGCUGAAGAUCGACAACAAUCCAUUCGCGAAGGGAUUUCGAGACACAGGUGCCGGAAGGCGAGAAAAGAAAAGACUGGGCGAGCCAUCCCACCCCCUGGGCGGCGACCCCAGCCGGUCUCAGGACGGCGACUCCAGCGACGACGACGAACAACUGGAUGUCGGCGGUGCGGACGACCUCAGGACGGACCUCAACGGUUCAGGGCCGGGAGACCAGGAAGUGCCCCAAGAGCGCAGCGGGCCCGGCCGACCUCGGGCUAACGGCGAGAGGCAUUCCCCGAGUCCCUCCAGCAGCCUCGUCGGUGGCACCGACAUGUCCACCCUGGCCGGACUGGCCGGCAUGCCGCACCCGCAGGCGGCAGCUCUGUUCCCCUACUUCUACCCUCCGUCCUUCUACCCACCGGGCUUCGGCCUGCCGUCCUUCUUUCUACCGAGGCCCUCGGGCACGUCCGGACAACUCUCCGGCAUGGUUCCGGGUAACCCAGCCACCCACGCCAGUCUUCCACUCCUGAUGGCCGCUAGUCAGCAGCUCUUCGGCGGGCCCGGCUACCCGGGCCUUCCGCCGGACGUCACCGCCGCAGCGUCGCGGUUCCUCAAGCAGAGCCAGAACCAGACCCGGUUCGCGCCUUACCCGGUUCCUUCGUCGCCCUCGACGCCGUCCGGUUCGGGACAACAACAACAACAGAUUGUGGCUCCCACGCCGACGUACCCGGAAUCGGUGGUCCUGGACACGCGGACUCUGUACGCCCCUACGGCGCCCUUGGAAAAGUGCCUCAGCUCGCCGUCUUCGGAAGCCGGGAACAGUUCGGACAAUUCGCUCACGUCGUCGGUGUCGAGCGAGCUGAAGAACAUGGAGAACAUGGUGAACGGUUUGGAGAGGAGGCAGGAACAGCUGGCCAUGUUGUCGCUGUCCAGGCUGAGCGACAAGUAGUUGCGGUGUCCUUGGGCGGCAGGUUGCACGCUCGUUUUGGUGUUCUGUUAUUUAUACUUCCCGAAGGUUUAACGGGCGGCUCGUGUGAGUGGCCUCCGUGGAGUGGGUGUAUGUGCUGCUGGACCUCUAGCUUCGCUGAAACGUGUGCCUUUGCUCGGAAACCGGCGAGCGCUUCGUGGGAGUUGGCAAGACGAGGGCAGAGCAAGACGAGGGGAGACGGCGGUUCUGGCUGCGUCCGAGGUUCUUCCGGUCACAGCUGUGCCGUUCUCUAGAAGACUCUUCGUGGACACCUCUUCUCCCGCCAUACAGAUUAUUUAAGGUCAUAUUUCUCGUGAAUCGGCAAUACGCAUCAGACAGUGGUCGAGAAGAGCAUCCCUUGUGCGGCUGUGUAUAGACCUAGAGACUCGUAACGUGUCUUUGUAUUUAUGAGUGAGAGCGCAUGCGCAAUGUCUGCAAGAGUGUGUCGGACUACGCCCUGCACAGGAACGUUGAACCUUCGGCUGCCAGUCCGCCAUUGUGGGUCUCUGCCACGUCUCCCUUUGUUUUAAAGGUUCCAGUCUUUCGCCAAAACAUUUCGAGAGCCACGCCGUGCCAGUUGAAAAACAAAAUCGCGUUGCUAGGUUCUUUUUUUUUUUUUUUUAGCUUGUGUUCGAUUGCCUUUCGAUGUGCUUCUCAGUCGACGGAAUGUUGCAGUUACAUGGCACGUUAUUAUCGGUUUAUUGACUGAUAUGGAUUGAGAUGGCAGUGCCACAGAUUAUUCGAGCCUUUUGGCUUACGUGUACUUUUCCACCGACGCUUCGUGAAGGCACAUUCGGGUAUUUUUGUUUUAUAAAUGUUUUGGUUGCCGAGAUGUUCACUAGGGUAAGGUAUUAUUUAUAUGUAUAUUUUAGACGAUUGCUGGCGUAAAGUAUUGGGUUUUAGAAACUAAAAUGAAAACGGUGAAAUUGAGGAAACCUUUUUCAUCUUGGUUUAAAUCUGGCCGUAAGAACAUUUGCCAAGGCGACUUCUAAGAUGUCGAGUCGUUGCGCGUGUUCGGCGUAACUAAGCGCUCAGUUAAAACAAUUGUAUAAAAAAACAAAAAAAUCUUAGGCUCACGCAAGACCGGGCGUUCGUGAGAACACCGGGCGAACACUCCCUUUCGUCGUCUACAUAUUCGAGUGUCGAGCAGUUUUUAUUCACAGGAAAUGUCAAGUUGCAGCGCCACUGGUAUGAUGGAUUUGUUAUUCCUCUGCAAUUAAAUUCAGCCACUGGUGAGCCCUUCUGAACGCAUAGCUUUUUCAUCCUCCCUGAAAAAAGAAAAUCGUCCUCUACAAUAGUUAGUCAAUGUUUUUCUUUUUAUUUUAAUUUUUUUUUUUUUAGUUUAUGAUCCGAACCUUAAUGUCGCGCGGUACAUGUCGACCGACUGUAGCACCAUAGUGUCGCCGCCCGGAUAGUGCAACCUCCCUGUCGCGGUGCCUCAUCGAGUUGUAAUCGACUAUUCGCCCAUACUUAAACAAUGGGUUUUUUUCUUCUUUAUUUUUUAAUUCCGGGGUUAGUUUGUUGAAAUCAGCGUCUUAGCAUAGACUUUCGUUAGACUGUGUGAAACAAAGCCUGCCAAACCUAGGGCGCGCGAGCAUGCUAUAGUUUCGGCAGUGCUUUCUUUCACACAGUCUCAGCCAACACGCUGAUUCUAACAAGCCGACCCAGCUUUUAACGGUCUUCGGAUCUCCAAUAAAAUGUGCAUUGAAAGUAAUUGUUUUCCCCAAAUUCCAACGAUUUAUUUUUUCGAGGCUGGAUAAUUGAAGUAGUAGAUGACGCAUGGAUGUUCGAUUAACUCCUACAUUAAGAGGGUUCAAUCUUCCAGGAAUUAUUUUAUUGCGAGUUUUGCCGGCUCAAACAACCUAAAAGGCAUAGUAAUUCGGCUAACAUCGGAAAACUGAAGGGAAUAAAGUAAUUCUCAAUCUUCAUGUGUAUCUAUAGCAGUACAAAAUGUGUCGGCUUGCGCCUCCGCUUGGAGGUCGUUUUCGGCUGCAAUACGGCCAUGGUUUUGUGGCAUCCGUUGCAAUACCUUUAGCAAUAAGCAAGGAUAUCGAGUCGUAGGUCGCUGAUUGAGCUUUGAGCAAUAAUAAAUACGUUUGCAUCUUCA